AUGUCCGUGUUGUGGUCUCGUGCUUUGCAGACGAGGUUUAUGCCCAUGACCGAGGAUACUCAACGCGACAUGCUAGCAGAGGGUAGGGCAGGAAGGAGUGAGUGGAAGUUGCUAAAGCAGUACUCAGAGGGUUUACGGAUUCUCGUUCAUCUGAUCCGUCGCAAAUUUGGACCGCAGCUCGCAGCAAUCUUCCGUAACAGAAACAUGGCGCUUCAAGCUGUUGGAAGAGGCUUCGUGCUGUUGGAAGAGGCUUCGAGCUCUUUCCAGGCUUUGUGUGGCCAAAGUUGCCAGUUCAAAGAGAAGCUUUCGUCUGUCCAGACCAUCACGAGGUCAGCCACACACGAUUGCUGGAUCAUCUAA